GGGCAACCGCGGGGACGACGCGGCGCCGCUUCCGGCGGCGCCGAGGCGUGCGCGGGUCAGAGGUCGUGCGCCGGUAGGCCCCGCCUCUGCGCGGGCUCGUCGGGCUUCCGAGCGGCGGGCGGUGAGGGUCCCAGGAAACCAGUGACCAUGGUUCUCAGUAGUUUGGAUAAGACGAUCCAGCUCCAGAAAAACACCGCUAACAUCAGGAAUAUCUGUGUUUUGGCUCAUGUUGACCAUGGGAAAACUACUCUGGCUGACUGUCUUAUAUCUAGCAAUGGAAUCAUCUCCAGCCGCCUGGCAGGAAAGCUGAGGUACAUGGACAGCAGAGAAGAUGAGCAGAUACGAGGGAUCACUAUGAAGUCUAGUGCCAUUUCCCUGCACUAUACCAAUGGUAGCGAGGAGUACCUGGUCAAUCUGAUAGACUCUCCGGGACAUGUGGAUUUCUCCUCGGAAGUGUCCACGGCUGUUCGCAUUUGUGACGGCUGCAUCAUCGUGGUGGACGCCGUGGAAGGGGUCUGUCCACAGACACAGGCAGUUCUGCGGCAGGCCUGGCUCGAAAACAUCCGUCCAGUUUUAGUGAUUAAUAAGAUAGAUCGCUUGAUAGUGGAACUGAAAUUCACCCCACAGGAAGCCUAUUCUCACCUCAAGAAUAUUUUGGAACAGAUUAACGCACUCACAGGAACUCUUUUUACUUCUAAAGUCCUAGAAGAAAGAGCAGAGAGGGAGACUGAAUCCCAGGUGAAUCCAAAUGCCGAGCAGGGAGAGCAAGUGUACGACUGGAGUGCUGGCCUAGAGGGCACGGACGAUUCUCACCUCUACUUCUCUCCAGAUCAGGGAAAUGUGGUGUUUACGAGUGCCAUAGACGGCUGGGGCUUUGGAAUUGAGCAUUUUGCCAAAAUCUACAGUCAAAAAAUUGGCAUCAGAAAGGAACUUCUUUUGAAAACCUUGUGGGGAGAUUAUUAUAUAAAUAUGAAGGCCAAGAAGAUUAUGAAGGCCGACCAGGCAAAAGGAAAGAAACCAUUAUUUGUACAGUUGAUCCUGGAAAAUAUAUGGAGUUUGUAUGAUGCUGUCUUGAAAAAGGACAAAGACAAAAUCGAUAAAAUAGUGACUUCUUUAGGGUUAAAAAUUGGAGCCCGAGAGGCACGUCAUUCAGACCCUAAAGUUCAGAUCAAUGCCAUUUGCAGUCAGUGGCUCCCCAUUUCCCAUGCUGUCCUUGCUAUGGUGUGUCAGAAGCUUCCCAGUCCCCUCGAUGUCACAGCCGAGCGAGUGGAGAGACUGAUGUGCGCAGGGUCACGGGCGUUUGACUCUCUCCCACCAGAAACGCAGGCGCUGAAAGCAGCUUUUAUGAAAUGUGGAAGUGAAGAUACUGCUCCUGUUAUUAUCUUUGUUUCCAAAAUGUUUGCCGUGGACGCUAAGGCUUUGCCUCAGAACAAGCCAAGACCUCUCACUCAAGAAGAAAUUGCUCAGAGGUGUGAGCGUGCAAGACAGAGGCACGCGGAGAAGCUCGCAGCCAUGCAGGGGCAGGCACCCUUGGAGCCCACCCAGGACGGGAGGGCCCUUGAAGCAAGUCCCACGGGAGAAGAGCCGGAAGGUGAUGAGCAUCAGGGGGGCAGUGUGGCCCCUAAACCUGUACCCCAGGAGGAAACCAACCAAGAGUCUUUCAUCGCAUUUGCUCGAGUGUUCAGUGGCGUGGCUCGAAGAGGGAAGAAAAUUUUUGUCUUGGGGCCCAAAUACAGUCCUGUUGAGUUUCUGCAGCGGGUGCCAUCAGGCUUCUCAGCCCCACCGGACGACCUCCCCCCAGUGCCCCACAUGGCCUGCUGUCCUCUGGAGAGCCUGUACCUUCUCAUGGGAAGGGAGCUGGAAGACCUAGAGGAAGUGCCCCCCGGGAACGUGCUGGGAAUAGGGGGCCUUCAAGACUUUGUGCUGAAGUCUGCGACGCUGUGCAGUUUGCCGUCCUGCCCGCCAUUCAUACCACUCAACUUUGAAGCCACUCCGAUAGUGAGGGUCGCUGUGGAACCAAAACACCCAAGUGAAAUGCCUCAGCUUGUUAAAGGAAUGAAGCUGUUAAACCAAGCUGACCCCUGUGUCCAGAUUCUAAUCCAGGAGACUGGAGAGCACGUCUUAGUCACGGCGGGGGAAGUCCACCUUCAGCGAUGCCUGGACGACUUGAAAGAAAGGUUUGCUAAGAUGGAAAUCAGUGUUUCUGAACCCAUUAUUCCAUUCAGAGAAACAAUCACAAAACCCCCGAAAGUUGACAUGGUCAAUGAAGAAAUAGGCAGACAACAAAAAGUUGCUGUUAUACACCAAACAAAAGAAGAUCAAAGCAAAAUUCCCGAAGGGGUCCAAGUUGACUCUGACGGGCUCAUCACCAUGACAACUCCCAAUAAACUCGCCACGCUCAGCGUCCGAGCUGUGCCCCUUCCUGAAGAAGUCACUCAGCUUCUGGAAGAAAAUAGUGAUUUGAUUCGGGCUAUGGAGCAGUUCACAUCCUCCUUGAAUGAGGGCAAAAAUACUCGGAUGUUUCACCAGAAGAUGCAAGAGAAAAUUGGGGAAUUCAAAGGAAAACUAGAACAACACCUCACAGGGAGAAAAUGGAGGAACACUGUGGACCAAAUCUGGUCAUUUGGCCCAAGAAAAUGUGGGCCGAACAUACUAGUGAAUAAAAGUGAGGAUUCUCAGAACUCCGUGUGGACAGGCCUAACCAGCAAAGCUUCAGCAGAAGCCAGUAGGUACCGGGACUUGGGCAAUAGCGUGGUGAGCGGCUUCCAGCUCGCAGCCCUCGCCGGCCCUAUGUGUGAGGAGCCCCUCAUGGGUGUCUGCUUCGUUCUGGAGAAGUGGGACCUAAGUAAACUGGAGGAACAAGGAGCAAGUGAGGAACGGCAUCAAGAGCAAAGUGAUCUGGUGAAAGAGGGCCAGGAGGACGCUGACGCCUGUUCUGGUAGAGCUGAAAUCCAGGAGCUACAAGAUGGCCGCUCUGAGCCCGGGGAGAGGAGGGCUCCCCAGAAGGGAGAAGCUGCCCUCGCCGACUGCUACGGCCCCUUGUCGGGGCAGCUGAUCGCCACCAUGAAGGAAGCGUGUCGCCACGCACUGCAGGUGAAGCCUCAGCGUCUCAUGGCAGCUAUGUACACAUGUGACAUCAUGGCCACCAGCGACGUUCUCGGCCGGGUCUACGCUGUGCUGUCCAAGAGGGAAGGCCGGGUGCUGCAGGAAGAGAUGAAGGAGGGCACGGACAUGUUCAUCAUCAGGGCCGUGCUGCCGGUCGCCGAGAGCUUCGGCUUCGCCGACGAGAUCAGGAAGCGGACCAGCGGCCUGGCCAGCCCGCAGCUGGUGUUCAGCCACUGGGAGAUCAUCCCCAGCGACCCCUUCUGGGUGCCGACCACCGAGGAGGAAUACUUGCACUUUGGGGAAAAGGCUGACUCCGAGAGCCAGGCCCGGAAGUACAUGAAUGCCGUGCGAAAGCGGAAGGGCCUCCAUGUGGAAGAGAAGAUCGUGGAGCACGCAGAGAAGCAGAGAACCCUCAGCAAAAAUAAGUGACUGCUGCUGGCGGAUCCUGUCCUAGUAAUAAAAGGCCAAGUGCCACCCAGGGUCUCAUACCAGGGGAAUUUCUUCAUGCUGCCCUGUCUUUGUGCACUCACCUUCCAUAGCGUUGGUCCAUAUAAGCAUUUUAAAAGAGGGUGUUAGCAUGUUUCCAAAGUGUUCUUUAACUAUAAAUACUGUAGUCACCAACUUACUACUACUCUGUGUGUGUCCUGUGGACAGUUGGAUGUGUGCUGUGGUGAUGGCCACCUGGCUGGUGCUGGGCACAGUGUGCGGACCACACAGCAGGCAGCAUCCUCCGCCUGUCCCCACGGCAUCACACUUGAUCACACGCUCCACGUAUUUAUGUCUCACAUUUAAUCAUUGAAUGACCACAUUUGGAACCAUUUGGAGAGACCACACACUCCAGAGAGCACCUUGUAGUCAGUCAUGUCACAGCUGACCCAUCUUGGAGUUCGUCUAGUAAUGUCUGGUUGUCAGCCUUUAACUCGUUUUUAUGGCUCUCGUACAUGGCAUCAUUCACAGUGAAUAAGUGUUCAUGAAAGUCACAUCCUAUACCUUUCUCUUUGAAAAACAGAGGAGGUCAAUUUCUUGGCUGUUUCCCCUUUCCCUUACUAAGGGAGGAUAUUAGCUAAUGGGAUGAGGUCAUGGCCUUACUGUAAACAGAUUUCCUAAAUCUCAGUUGCCUCAUUCAGGGAAAUCCCCAUAUAAGGAACAGAUUCAGUUCAGUCAGAAAUAGGUUUUGUAAUUUUUGAUGUUACGCUACUGACUUUUAUAGCCACUUAAAAGAAGGAUUCGUUUUCAAAACACAUAAAAUUCUCAGACCUGGCUUUGUUUUUGGAAUGCUUUUAAUGGUUUCUCAAUAAACUAGGUCAUUCUUCAUACUA